AGAGGUCAAGUUUGCUUUUAGGUUUUCAUGCCAGAAACGCUGCUGUUCCUUUCGAGCUCACGGAGCAGAGAUGGGGCAUGUUAUUUUAGCCUAAACGCGCCGUUGUUGGGUCCUGAACAUCAUCACACACACAUCGCUCCCCAUUCUUCCCCCACCCCUUCAGGAGUAGCCACUCAAUAAAGAGUGUGGCGUUUUUUCCCUAUGCUUGAACAAGUCUAAAGAACACAGGGGGGAAGGUCAUUAAUAACUAAUUACCGUGACCUGACGCGUAUAAAGUGCACCGGGACCUUGGAAAAGCGAAACAUUCUCUCGACAAUUAGCAAGAGAGCAUAUUGAGAUUGCAUUGGCCCCAUACUGAUUCAUCGAUUACAUUAACUUUUUGCAUUAUAGAUAGCCUAUUCGGUCUAAAUUUAACAGCAAGGGGGUACUCUCUGAUUUUUAUAGCCGGGAUAUUAGUUCAUGGUUUCGCAUUUGGCUCAUCAUGGGUUCAGUGUUGCCUGCAGAUGCUCUGGUUCUGAAGAUUGGAUUUAAGCAGCAGACUCUGGCCCUGUCCGACAUCAUCACAUCAGACAUCCUGCACAGUUUUCUCUACGGCCGCUGGAGGAACGUCCUGGCCGAACACCUGUUCGAGGAGAAGGCCAGCACCAUCAGUCCCAAAACCGCCUUCACCGCCGAGGUCCUGGCGCAGUCGUUCUCCGGAGAGGUCCAGAAACUAUCCAGUUUAGGGCUGCCAAGUGAAGUCAUCAUUGCGCAGAGCUCAAUCCCUGGAGAAGGACUUGGCAUCUUCUCCAAGACCUGGAUAAAAGCUGACACCGAGAUGGGUCCCUUCACAGGAAGGGUCAUUUCACCCGAGCAUGUGGAUCUUUUCAAGAACAACAAUCUCAUGUGGGAGGUUUUCAAUGAAGAUGGCGUGGUGCGCUAUUUCAUCGAUGCCAGCCAAGAGGACCAUCGAAGCUGGAUGACUUACAUCAAAUGUGCGCGCAACGAGCAAGAACAGAACCUGGAGGUCGUGCAGAUCGGAAGCAGCAUAUAUUACAAAGCAGUAGAGACAAUACUUCCAGAUCAGGAAUUGCUUGUGUGGUAUGGAAAUUCCCACAACACUUUCCUGGGUAUCCCAGGUGUCCCUGGCAUAGAGGAUGAACAGCUGAAGAAUAAAAAAUAUGAUGAAUUCCACCUGUGUGAUUCCUCCAGCACUACAGCGCUCUCCACCGCCAACCGCAUGCGAUGUGUUAUCUGCCACCGCGGCUUCAACUCCCGCAGUAACCUGCGCUCUCACAUGCGCAUACACACUCUGGACAAGCCUUUCGUCUGCUGUUUCUGCAACCGCCGCUUCAGCCAGUCCUCCACCCUCCGUAACCAUGUGCGGCUCCACACAGGCGAGCGCCCCUACAAGUGCCACAUCUGCCAGAGUGCGUACUCCCAGUUGGCAGGUCUGCGGGCGCACCAGAAGAGUGCCAGGCACCGGCCAACCAGCACAGGAACUGUAGUAGAGCUGCAGGCCCACUCGCCCCCUCCUCCACCACCUCAGCUGGCACAGUUUCCUAACCCGGCCUCACUGGUGCAUCACAUAAGCCUACCCACCAUGGUGCUAUGAGAAUGCAUAAAGCGUCUGAGAUUAUUGCAGACUCGAAGGCUGUUCUUUAGUGCUGCUGGCUCAUGUGUAGAAGUCUAUGUGUAUGUCUAUGCCAUGCCCAGUACUCUCACUUUUAGCAGAUGCUUAACAGUUCCUUAAAGAUGAUAAAGUGAUCACAUAUGAUGAACGACGCCUGCAGAACUAAUUUAUUACAGCACUGAAGUGAAAAUUAUGGCAAUGGAAGGGCUGUUUCGUAUGUUCAUGUUGAAUCAGUUUACGUUACAUUAAUUGAACUACUGCUCACUCACUGAUGCCUCUGUUCUAAUGGAUAUCUGCCAUAUUAUAUCUGAUCAAACACUAUCAUUUAAUUUGAUCAGUAGUCAGUUUAUUUUUUAUUCAUAUUUGCAUGCCAUACUAUUGUUUUGUCCCAUUCCACUUAGGAUAAAGCCACAUCACCUCAUUCUCUUUAUCUACUAUGAAGGAUCCACUGGGAUCAAGUACCACCACUUUAGCACCACACUAAAGGAAUGUACAUAUGUUUCAAAGAUUUACUUCCUAAAACAUGGAAUAGUCACUUUAUUUGUGUAUGUCUGUAAAGUUUAAAGUAUUAUUACAAAACUUGGUUCCAUUAUAUUAUGUGUAUACUAUGUUUGCUAAUAAAAAAAUUA